AUCGCAUAUUAAACGUAAUGGCUGAAGGUGGAACCUCUAACGAUGUCCCCGACAGUCCCAGAACUCCGAAGGAGGCCCGGCUGUUAGAUUGUUCGAUUUGUCUGGAGCAGCUGCACGAACCAAAGUCCCUCCCGUGUCUUCAUUCCUUCUGUCAGGAAUGUCUGUCCACCUUCAUCACCAAAGACCUGUCGGGAAAGAUGGCGUCGGCGACUGCCUUCCCUUGUCCUGUGUGUAGGAAGUUGACACAGCCGGUCAACCCGUCUGAGGACAAGGAGAAAUGGGCUCAACAAUUCCCAGCCAAUGUAAUAGUGAAAGAUCUGGUAAAGUCCACGGCACUUGAGCAGAUGUACUGUAAACCUUGCGGGAAGAAAGGAAAACCUGGGAUCCCGGCAGCGAUAUGGUGUGAAAUAUGCAAGGCGUUCUUCUGUGAAAAAUGUAAAGUCGAUUUUCACGAUUGGAUUCACGAAGAUUGUGAAUCAGUAGCUGUAACAGGGAAGACAGGAAUUACUCCGCGACAAGUAACAGAACAGAUCCGAUGUGAAAAACACGCGAAGGAGGUCGAUUACUAUUGUGAGGACCAUCAGGUACUUGGCUGUAGUAGAUGUAUCACCAUAGACCACAGACGAUGUGACGUAGUGACAACGACACAAGAAUACUGUGACAAACUGAAGACGGAGUCACGACUGGAGGAUCGAAAAGAAUCACUACAGAAGACAAAGGAGGCUAUCAAGUUGCUCGUCAAAACAUUUGGCGAGAAACUUCAAAUCCUCCUAGAAGAUCAAAAUUCUGGAUUUGACAGUUUAACAGAUCUUCGAAAACAGGUCGACCUACGUCUUGACGCCAUGCAGAAGGACAUCACAGACAAACUGGUAUCGUCUUACAAGCAAGAAAAGGAAAAUUUGGACUUGUCUAUUAAGAAAUGUGAACGUCUGAUGUCAUCCAUUGAGAACACAGUAGAAAGCUCCGAGACAGCUGUUCAGAGGAAUGAUAGCGUAAACACAAUACUGAUGUACCAGAGAGGCCAGGCGGAAAUGGAGUCCUACCAGAACCUGAUCACGGAAAUAAGGAAGUCUUUUGCUUCCGUCAGAAUAAAACAUGUCGUCGAUCCCAGUCUGGUCAGGUUGGAUAAGGAUAGUCCACUGUCGUUAGGAAACGUCAUUAUAGAGAAAAAACCAGAACAGCUCCCAAAAGGAAUAAGUACCAUGAGGCCUUUGUGCGAAUGUGACGUGAUGGAGGUAGGCAAAUUCAGCAUCAAGUGUCCAUCAGAUGGACGCGAUUGUGAUGCAGCUGGUAUUGUUUACUUACCUGAUGAUCAUAUCGUUGUAGGAGAUUGCAACAAUAACAAAAUAAAGUUGUUUACAGCUUCAGGGAAAGGUUUGGAUGAGAUGAAGGUUACAGGACACCCGAUUGAUAUGUGUUGUGUAGAUGAUGACACUAUAGCGGCCGCUAUCGUCAAUUCUGAAAUACACAUAAUCAAAGCGAACCAUGCAAAUCUAACUUUGUCUUCCAAAAUAAAACUUUCUAUCGAAGCAGGCCCAUAUGGUAUCACUUACUCAAAUGAGGCGUUUACUGUGAGUACUCCGACCGAUGUGUAUAGAGUCAGUAAGGAUGGGGUAUCGACCAAAAUUGCUUCCUAUUCAAAUGACUGCUAUCAUCUUACGUGCGACCCAAGGACAGGACACAUAUAUGGAAGUCAACGGACAUCCGAGGAUGGUAAUGUAGCUGUAUACAGACUGUCAGACAGUAAACUUACAAGCAUAUCAAAAGUUGGUUUGCUGAAGUACGUGUUUGGUGUAGACGUCGACGGUGACGGCAAUGUGUACGUGUGUGGGUGGGAGUCCGAUAACGUGGUACAGAUGUCAGGUGACGGGACAAACGUCAGAGAGCUGCUGACGUCAUUAAACGGUGUAGACAAACCGAGGGCGAUAUCUGUGUGUGGGAACAAAUUCGUGGUUACAAACCAAUCAUCACAAAAUCGUAAUGACGUGCGCGUGUUUGAACUUUACUGAUCAGUAACUAUGACAGUUGGUAACAGUAACAGUAUUCUGAUAUGGGUGGACGUGAGAUGUAUUCGGGCCCUGGAAGCUUUUUCUUAACAAAUUAACAACAAACUCUAGCAUUCAUGAUGUAUAACUAGAGUGGAUGUAGGCCCAGGACUCACUGGUUAAUCCUGCUGAUUAUUGAAUACAAAUACAAUCAAUCCAGAUAACAGUUUGUGUAGAAAUAACAUUGUGUGAAUGUAAGGAAGUUCGGUUUUAUACAAUGAUGUAAACUUUCAUGUCCAAAGGUCAAAUGAGCGUAUAUCGUGGCGCGGCGACCGUCGUCCGUCGUCCGUCAGACUGGUGUCAAUAUUUCCAUUGUUUUUUUUUUUUUUUUUUGAUAACCAAGAGGCUCAGAAACAUGCUAUUGGGCCUGUAACAUGCUUCGACAAAGACCUACAAACUUUGUUCAAAUAAAUGACCUUGAUCUACUUACUUAAAGGGGUCGAAUGUACUGAAUUUUUUUUUUCAACAACCAUGUGACACAGGAUCAUGAUAUUGGUGCAGUAGCAUUCUGGGAUAAAGGAGUACCGAGUAUGUUCACAUGUCAAAUGUGUUAAACAUAUUUAUCUAAAUAAGCCAGAGACCUAUGUUCAUAUUGGACAGGGAUAUGAUGGUUGGAAGGGCUACAAAGUUUACCGACAUGAAUACUUAGCCUUCUCUCAUAUUGAACUGGAGAGGUAGUGAACUUAGAAGUCACACAUAAAUGACAAAGAUCAACUCUGAAAUUGCAUUAGUAGGCUAUUGGGCCUCUUGUUUGGUACGAGGAAAACAUUUAAGCUGUAAGAUAUGUAGAAUAUUAGACAUGAUUACGUGUUGUGUCAUACACGAUAGUUUGGAUCCGGUAGCGUUCGAUUCUCUCCAGUCGUAAGCUGGUGUAAUUUAUAGUGUGCUAUGCAUGGACGAUAGUUUUAUAUACCCACGUGAAAUAUCGGGAAGGGAUUAAAUUGAAAGGCGUUAGUUAUAGAUGACCAGUAUUUAAUUACUAAUCUAUUCAGACUGAUAAGGCUUAUAGGAAGGCAAUCAUAUAAACUCGUUUCAAUUAAUAUUGUAAAUCAUCUUUAUACUAGUAUCAUUCUCACUGGCAUGUAUCAGUUAGGGAAUGGUCCUUUCAAGAUGGCGGGUCACCGUGAUCAUAGUAGAUAAUAGUGCAAUUUAAUUAUUUUUUGUUUUUUAUUAGGUCACCUGAGACAAAGUCUCAAGUGAACUAUUCUAAUCACCUUUUGUCCGUCAUCGUCCGUCGUUGGGACAAUUCACACUUUCGACCUCCUAUUAGAAACCGAUGAACCAAUUGUAAUGAAAUUGUGCAGAAACCUUCCAUGGCCUAUGGUCAACAAAAUUUGGAAUUACAUGGUCCCCAACCCCUAGAGGAGUGAGCGGCGGGGCCUAAAGGGGUCAAAUUGACUGAAAUAUUUCAAAACUCAGGUGACCGUAAAGCCGCAUGGUCUUUUUUUCUCUCAAUAUUUCAAAAUUUACUUUUUAUAUAUAUUCUAUUUUGACUUUUGAAUUUUGGUUGAACUGAUCACCUGGCGUCAAGGUUAUGUAGACUUCGAUUGUCAUUUAUACAAAGAACGCCUAUAUUUUAAUGUCAUAACCCGGUAUUACAUAUAACUGGUGAUUAUGUUUAAAGCUGUAUUUUCAGAUCAAAAAAUCCUAUUAAAACGCCUAUUAAUAAGAUUUU